GGGAGAGGGAUGAUGCCAGAGAGCUGCAGGCAGACACGCAUAUUCAAAACUUAGACGAACUUUGGCCAGUUUCCUUUAGCACUGAUAGACUUACAGAAACACUUGAACACUCGAUUCUUUUGCCCAUAUGGGCUGACUUUCAGUGUGCCUGAGGUGCUCCUGUCCAUUUUUAAAUCUGUGGAAGUCAUUUGGGGACUUUUGGCCUUUCUUUUUACUUUGGAAAUUUGGAGACAACUGGAAAAUGUUGAACGAAUGAUUUUGCUGUCACCUCAACGGUAAAUUGUUGACUACUUUUGCUGUUCCUGUACACUUGCUUUGUGUAAAAAAAAAGGGAAGCAUCCCCACUAUCAUCAAGCUGAGCUUCUGCAAACUGGACAAGUUGUUUGUACUGGAUUCUUGAGCCAGGAAUCAUGAAAGAUAACUAUGGUGGAUAUGAGAACCAGCUUUUCAAAGAGGAGGACCUCACUGGAGAGGAAGAGGAAAUACCUUCAUUUAGAGGUCGUACCAGAGGUGGCUGCGUGAGGUGCCAGCAGAGCCAUUCUCUCCAGCUGGCUGUCAAAGUCCUCUAUGGAUUCGUUGCAUUCCUCAUCAUUACGGUGGCGGUGCUGGCAUCACUUGUGUUCAGGAAGGUUGACAGCCUGUCCGAGGAAGAGUCCGUCUACCACGAGAAGAUCACCAGAGUUCAACAAGGAAUUGACGAUCUGGGCUCCACCUCUAACUGUUCAGGCUGUCUUGAUGUGACUCUGUACAGCGAAGAGAUCAGCAGGCUGAAGAGGGAGUUUGAAGACAUCCAGAGAAUGAUACUGGGACAAGAGCAGAUCCUGGACCAGGCUUCCCAGGCCCAGGCCACUCUACGUGCCACCAGCAACCGGCUGGCGCGCGACAUGCAAAACCAACUCAUGUCGAUCAAAUUUCUCAACCAGUCCCUGGAAAGAUACCUGGAUCGUGUGGAGGGCUGGAGGGACGUGAUCGAGGAAACUGAAGAGAAGAUGAAGACUCUGACGGAGGAUCAGUAUGACGUCAAAGCUACAGCGCAGCAAGUUAACACUACAGUGGCUCUCAGUACGAUAUGGAUAAAUGCCCUGCAGAGGAAAGCAGAUGAAGAGACUCUGGUCCUCCAGAAGUUGACCAGCGACUGGCAGAACUACAGCCGAGUUCUGAGCGCUAUGAAAUCCAACACAAGCAACACCAUGCAAACCAUGCGCCUCCUCCAAAACAACAUCGUAGCAGAUCACCAGAGAAUUGCCAUGUCCACCGAGGUGUACUAUGACCUAACUCAGCAGGUGAUGAGCCUGCAGAUGCAGCUUGACAAUGUGACGUCUUUCAUGGAUGAACAUGAGGAGAACAUGCAUGACCUUCACUACCAUUCCAGGUACUACGAGAACCGCACAGGUGAGCGUUUCUCCGCCUUGGAUGGUCGUCUGAACUCCAUCGAGAUGGAGAUUGACACAGUCUCCUCCAGCAUCAACGCCACCGUCAGCCACGUCCAGAGCAUGUACAAAUACAUCAACAUUGAGAGCUUGUCCUGCCAGACCCGCCUGGGCAGACACACAGAAGAUCUACAGAACCUGAACGACACAGUCUUGUUACUCCUCCACUUAGCUGACACUCUAAGGCAGCAGAAUAUGUUGUUAAAUGUCCGUCUGGAUGUGGAUGUCAGGAACCUGUCCAUGGUGAUGGAGGAGAUGAAGCUUGUGGACGUUCACCAUACCCAGCUCAUUAAGAACUUCACCAUACUAAAAGGUGCUCCUGGCCCUCCAGGGCCCAAAGGAAACCGUGGUGAAACAGGUGCAAAAGGGCCUAUGGGACUGACUGGGAGCAAAGGUGACCGAGGCUCCAUAGGAAGUCGUGGAUCCGCCGGAGAAAAGGGGUCUCUUGGGCCGAAGGGAGCUCCGGGUGAACCAGGUCCCAGUGGCAAUAGAGGGGCAGUAGGGAUCAAAGGAGCCAAAGGGUCUCUUGGUAUACCAGGACCACGUGGUGAGAGGGGCCAGAAAGGUGACAUGGGCCCCUCUGGUAAAGAUGGGGUCCCAGGACCCACAGGGCCUCAAGGGAUCCAGGGUCAGGCAGGACUCCCGGGCAUCAUUGGGCCAACAGGACCAAGGGGCAAACCAGGGCCAGUAGGGCCGCCUGGACCACCAGGAACCCCUGGACCUCCAGGGUUGCCGUACUCCCAUGCCCAAAUCAACAUCCAGCAGCGGACCGAGAUGCCUGCUGCUGGGUCCAAGAGGCAGUAGAAAGAUGGACAGAGACAUGGGCUAGAGGUGAUCUGUCAUUUCCAAAGGAGCUUUAAAAUCAUAGUCUGAUAUGAACAGAAGAAAUAUCAUCCAUUGUGACUGGAGAUGCAAUAAUCCAUUUGUAUGGGACUGUGCAAGACAGUGGAGAACUAUAUACACAAAAGCAACAAAUCAAAUUGGAGAUGGGGCAUUGAAGGAGGCAUUCCCUUGAUGAAAUAACAUGGCCACAAAAAAAAUUAAAAAAAAAAAAGAAAACAGAGCUGCUGGCACAGAUUGAACUGCUGCUGAGAAGUGAGAUAUGAGAGCACUCAAGGCUGAAAAUGGACUGUGUUUGGACAGACUUUGAAUUUUAUAUGGUGGUGGUCUUCAUACAACACAUGGGUCUCAUAUCGUAACAAAUUUUCAUGGGUUCUGAUUCUUGUAUUAGACCCAAAUACAACAGACUUCCCCCCUGGUAUUUCAUGUACAAAUAACAAAGUACAGAAUGAGCUUUUACAAAAGUUAAAAACAUGCCUUAGAUGAGGAGAUUAAUAGGAAUAAAAACACAUCCAUUAAUAAUAAUAAUUUUGAGUUUUGCCUAGUUGAAUGUACUGGAAGUAAAGAAUGUGUUAGAGGUUGUUGUCAAGCCACCAAAACCUCAUGGGGCAUAAUGAAUAGAAGGUCUGUUAACCACAGAUUUGGACUAAAGUGGUGUUUUCCCAUCCAGAGUACUCAAAGGUUAACAUGUCCAUGCACUACUACAUAGGCACAGAAAAAAAAAAAAAAAAAUCUUUCUGUUUUUACAUUAUGUACACAUUGACACAUCCUUUUCUGGUGGAUAGCACUUUAUUGGUUCUUAAAGUGUAAAAAUUAAAGUCAGUUUGCUUAUAUUUUGGUAUUUCAGAGCAGGUACUCUGAAGACUUUUUUUCAUCUACUGGGCAAAACUGUCAUUUUAUGAUCUGUGUUUGAAAAAGUAAAGUUGCAGAAUGGAGUAUGGAGCCGGAGCCAGGAGGUGAUUAGCUUAGCUUAGCAUAAAGACUGGAAGCUGGGGGAAACAGCUCGCCUGGCUCUGUCUAAGGCUCACUAAUUACCACGUUGUAUCGCAUUUGUUUAAUCUGUACACAAACUUAAAUGUAAAAGCCACAGUUGUGGCUUUGAGGGGAGUUACAUGCUUUUUCUUGAUAAACUAACUCCCUCUAAAAAACAGAAUAAACAGACGAGAUACAACACGGUAAUAUGUUGGAUUCACAGGUGCUGGGAGGCCAGUUUUUAUAUUUUUAUUUUUUGCUAAGCUAAGCUAAUCACCUCCGACCCUAACUUCGUACUUUAUGCACAGGUAUUAAAGUUCUAAUUGAACUCUUGAAAAGAAAGCAUAUAAGUGUAUUUCACAAAAUGUUGAACUAUUCCUUUAAGAGAAGUGUAGAAGGUUAAUGAAACUUAUUCAACACAUAAAAAACCAUGUUGGUAGAGAAAUGACUUUCGAGAGUCUCAUGAUACACACAUAAAUAAUCAUUUAUAUCUCAGAAAAAAAAAAGUUUUACAAAAAGGAAAACAUGCUGUUUUUGUAAACCUGUGUGUUGUAAUGAAAUGCGACUGGCUUGCAUCGAACUUCAUUAAAUACAUU